UGGACUUGGCCCAAACACGUCUCUAGCAUUGGUUGUAGCUCAAACUCAAAUGUCAAGUCAAAGUCUUCUCCGACAUGUACCGAGUCUCGUGUUGUUAAACCAACUCUUCCUCGCCAAUCCCAUAGACAAGCCCGAAGAAGAAAAAUGGCGAUCUCGUCCGCUCAUCUUUUCUUCCUACUAUCGUUCAUCGCCCUUUCUCUCUUCCUUGUAAUUUCAACAGCUGAAACUGAAUCAGAGCUAGUAGAUGAUCUCCAGACCCUUCAAUCGCAAUCAAAAUCAGGAGUCAUCCACUUAGACGACCGAACCGUCUCCAAAUUCCUGACCUCCCCCAAAACCCCUCGUCCUUACUCUUUCCUCAUCUUCUUCGACGCCGCCCAACUCCACGACAAAUCCGAACUCCGCCUUCGCGAGCUCCGCCAAGAGUUCGCCCUCGUCGCUUCGUCUUUCAUUACCAACCACAACAACUCCAAUACAAAACUCUUCUUCUGCGACAUUGAGUUCCGUGAAUCCCAAUCUUCCUUCCACCUCUUCGGCGUCAAUUCCCUCCCCCACAUCCGCCUUGUCGGCCCCACCGUCAAAUCCCUAAAAGAUGACUCGGAACAAAUGGACCAGGGCGAUUUCUCCCGAUUGGCUGAGUCAAUGGCCGAGUUCGUCGAGUCCAGAACUAAACUCACCGUGGGGCCUAUCCAUCGUCCUCCUAUCCUUUCGAAAAAGCAACUCGGUCUGAUCGUUGCCAUUUUGUUAAUUUCGUCCCCGUUCGUCGCCAAAAAGAUCUUCGCCGGCGAGACCCUCUUACAUGAUCCCAAAAUCUGGCUUUCCGGGGCCGUUUUUGUUUAUUUCUUCAGCGUUUCGGGGGCAAUGCAUAAUAUAAUAAGGAAAAUGCCGAUGUUUUUGGUGGACAGGAAUGAUCCAAACAAAUUGAUUUUCUUUUACCAGGGAUCGGGGAUGCAACUUGGAGCGGAAGGGUUCGCGGUGGGUUUUCUUUAUACCAUUGUGGGAUUGUUGCUUGCAUUCGUGACCCAUGUGCUUGUUUAUGUUAAGGAUGCGAGGGCCAAGCGUGUGGCAAUGGUUGUCGCGAUUUUGGUUUCCUUCUGGGCAGUGAAGAAAGUCAUUUUCUUGGACAAUUGGAAGACCGGAUAUGGGAUUCAUGGAUUCUGGCCUUCCAGUUGGAAUUAAAUCAAUUUUCUUUGUUGUUUUCUCGGCUACUAUGAGAUACUUGUUUAGGGCUUGAGGACCCACAUUCCAGGGGCUAUACAACAUAGAAUGCUUAAAGUUGCAGUUGUGCUCCUUGAUCCAACCAAGAGUGAUGUAUGUGAAAAGCCAAGCACAUGAAACCUUGAUUAUAUAUCAAGGCUAAUGAUUAGGGCCUCUUGAUUCAGCAUGAUUGCCAAUAUAUCCUCUGCAAGUUGAAGGAAGAGUACCAUAGAGAAUCAUAUACAAUUGCAAGUAGAAGUAAUAAGACAACGCAUUUUUUCCUACAUUUCAUGAAGUUAGCCAUGCUAGCUUGUCGUUUAUAUAAUAAAUUAUGUUGGGUUACCCAAAAUUUAUUUGGAAAACAAAUCAAGUCAUUGGUGGAUGGCAGAUAAGUUUUGGAUGCAUUGCUGGUGGACAUCACGUUGUUAUAACAGAUUAAUCGGCUCCAACAUGGAGGGCCGCUGCUUGAUGCUUUUGUGGCCCAGAUGUGUUAUGGAACCAUAUAUCUUGGGCCAUAAAUCCAUCAUAGCGGCUGAUUGGCAAAAGCAAGUAAGCCAUAGCCCAUAUAGAAUUAGCAGGGAAAUAUCCACAUCAAAGAAGG